GCUGUCCAACCCACAUUCUUCUACUUUAUGUAGUGAGAAGAUGGGACGUCUCCCCUUAGGUGCAGUUUCUCCCUAUGUAAAAACAAGCUCUGGUGGAAGUAUGGACCCCAUGAAAUUCUAUUGUACCAGCUAUGGGGCAGCUUAUGGUCAGGAAGGCUUUCGUCCUCGGAAUGGCUUCCAUUUUGGAGCAGGAUAUAAAAGCAACUACCGGCCUGUUGUCCAAUACAACCCAAACCUGGAUAAAAUAGAUAAUCCAGCUGUGGGGAAACUCCUCCAAGAUAACUAUGAAUCCACAACCAAUACACAUUUCCAGCCCCUUCAGCUCCCUGAUGGGAAGUAUCCUCUUCCCUGGAGUGUACAUCAGCCAGGCAGUGGGUAUGUUCGAGAAAAGCCUCUAACUUUUCCCACAACCAAAACAGUCAAAAAGGUACAUUUUGACACAGCCAACCAGGGAGCUGAAGCUAUGAUAGGGCUGGAGCCCAGACAUGUCCCUGCACUCCACAAUACAUAUGGAAAAGGCUCAGUUGAAGCGGAAAAUGCAAGACACGGACCUCAGUUCAUGUCCACGGAGUACGGCUCUAAGUACCGCUUCAACAUUCCAGGGCAACCAGAUUUCCUGCAAAACAAAACAAUUGGAGCCAAAGAAGAGUCAGGAUUUACUGAAGGCUGCCUUGCUAACCCCAUUGUGGAGAAACUAGCAUCUCAGGGGGAUGAGUUUCUACCAGUCCUUUCCAAAGGCUCUGAGCGAGGCUCUGGAUUUAGUCGGCAGAAGGAUCUUCGCCUUGGUUCUUCAGGACCUCCACCCAAUGCAGAAGCAUCUGGGCCACUGAGCCAUUCUCAGUUCCAAGGCCUUUUUCGACAGCCUCAAACACAAACCAAUCUUCUAGGACGAGAGUAUGUAGGCAACAAGGAGUCAUCGGGAUUCAGCACCAACAACCUUAAUUAUGUGACACCUGCGUAUGACCCAAAUCUGCCCAACAGGUUUUUGACAAGCUAUAAUUCCAAGUUUUAUGAAACCAUUUCAAAGGGAGUGGACAGGGAGGGCUGGACCCGAGGGGGUAUCCAGCCUCAACAAGCAGGUGGCUUUGCUACGAACAAUCACGGAACUGGCUUAGGAAGUGAUCCUAAUGCUACAGAAACCUUGAGGACUGUUCAUCCCCAUGUUGGCAGGACGAUCACAACUGUUGACCCAUUCUAUCGUGAUUCUCCCCAUGAUCGGCGCUUUGCUGCUCUUCAUCAGACAGCUGUCCCCAAUUAACCUCUCUUCAGAAGUGAAAAGCACAGUGAUGUCUUUAGACUUCAAGGAACCACUCUACAUGCUAAGGAAGGAGCGUCACGAAUUGUACUGUCAUAAUGAAUCUGUCUUAUUUUAUGUGGUAUUGUUUUAAAGAAAUUAAGACAUAUAUUCAAGCUGUGUCUCCUGUCCUAGAUUAGCACCUUGAAAUGGAUUAAAAAAAUAUUUGGGAUAGUUAUGGUUUUUUUUGAAGACUGGGAAAUGAAGGAUGCGAGAGCCAGGGUUAACCAACAAGAACAACCUUUAUUCAAACGGAAGAACGAAGUGACAGAAUAUACAACAGUUUUUAUAGAGUUUCUGCAUCUCUAUAGCUGUAAAAAACUUGGUGGCAUAAUGUGAGCAUCUGACUAGCUGAGAGCUCUUAAUGUCUCUCUAACUACAGAGUAAAAAUACCAAGAAAUAAGGGCCUGUCCCCAUGACACUGCUUUUAUUUCAUCCUUAAUUCACAGUAGAAGAAGCUUAAAUUUAUAUUUAGCUCUUCCAAUUUUGAAGUGAUACUUUCCACCUUCUGGGACAACUUUUGUUGUAGCUGUAUAUUUUAAUGCUUUUUUGGUUACAUGGUUGAUGGUACAGCUGGAGGUUGCUGUGAACAUAGCCCCUUUCCCUCUGGUUGCUGGGCGUGGCCCUCCAUUGGCACUUUGAUUUGGAACCCAGGACAUACAGGUUUCUACAGAAGUACCCUAAAGUAUGCUAGAUCCACAGAUUCCUCUCCCCCCACUAAUUGACAGGUCAAAAGAUGCAGCAGAGGAGUGCUUUGUGUACUGGAAGAUAGCACCUCCAAUACUUGCAAUCCUCCUUUGACCUAUCAGUUGGACUAUUUUGAAAAGGAGUCACCCGUGUUAAAAAACAAACAAACAGCUGGCUGGGCACAGGCAUGGAGCACUUCUAUAUCUGUGAGCCACCAACCCAGUAACUUUAAAGCUAGCUAAACCCUCCAUCCUAGAUCACUAUUCACACUUGUCUCAAUGCAUAUUAAGAGGUGAUUAUGGUUCCUUUUCCUGAUGGCAAGUUAAGCUUGGUAGGAGAGGAGAUGAAUCCAGGGAAAAUCUACCAAUCUUUUUCUUUAACUUUAAGGGCAGUUCUUGAUCUUGUGAUGGAGGCUCACUUGGGCUUGGGAGUUGGGGCUGCACAGAUUAUGCCAGCAUAUGUUUUGCUAGCUUAAGAAAUGGAAAAAUGCAUGUGAAUGCAAUCACAAAGAACACCUAGUAUGCAUAUGCUGCUUGCAACAUGCCAGGAUGUUCUGGUUUGGGAAACAUUUUCUUUUCCAUUUCCAAACAUCCCAUCACUACAUUUGCGCAAUCUUUUCUAAAAUCUGUUAGGGAAGAUCAAUAUCUAAGAUAAAAGUGCCACCUAUCUGUGACAUACUUCAUAUAUUAUUCUUAGCCACUAUGUGUUCUACUUGGUUCAGACUUUAUUAUUUAUAAAUUUUGGUCUUUAGUAUAGCAUGAGUCACAAGCCUAGCUAUUGAGUAGGUGAUGCUUGUGACCUAGUCAUAUACGUAAGUGUCACAAAACCAGAAAGAAAUGGACGGCAGACACCGAGAUUUUCUUUUGGGAGACUUCUCCUAUCACACUUCUUCUAUCCUGGAGGGCUUCAUUUGUCAUCUGUAGUGAAAUGGUGGUCCUAUUCUGCUAAAAGUGAAAAGUGAUGGAAUGUUAGAGCUAAUGCAAUGUGCCUUUACAAGUUGAACCUAACCUGUGACCCCAUUGGGCCUUUGUUGAGAGAAAGAUAAUGCAGUCUGAUGUAACCAGAAUAAACAUUAAAUGCUAAGCCAA